UUGGUGUUUCCGUGUGUACAGCGGUGCGCUUCCGUCACCUUGAUGAAGACCAUGUGCCGCUCAUGGGUGAUUCCAGUGAAGAGACCACUGAAGAGGCGCGCGCUCGGGCAGUGCUCGAUGGGCCAAAGAAAGAGGAGAAGUCCGCAGAGUCUGACGGGGACUCGAAGGGUGCACCUGAAGAUGGUACCGAUUGCUCAGCGCACGUCCAGACAUGGCGUGCCAGUCUGCUGGAGCAAGCGAAGCGCCGAGACGAGCCACUGCAGGGCCUCUUAGCCCUCUUCGAGCAGUACAACUCCUGCCGUCGCAGUUUGCAGGCGGUUACCAAAUGUGCCAAUGUCCGCUGUAAACCAGCACCGCCAGAGGAACCCGCAUCGCAGGAGCUGCUGCGCAACACAGAGAAGUUGAUGCGACAGAAGGAUGCUGAGAUCACGGCACUGCAACGGCAGAACAAGGAAUUGCAAGAGGAGCUGCAGGAGAAAGAGUUGGCCCAUGCUCAGACAGGCAGAGAGGCCACUCGGAUAUCUCAAGAGAAUGGGAAGCUGAAUCAAGAGCUGAACCACCUCCGGGAGCGGCUGAGGCAGAUUGAAGCAGAGGCCGGAUCCCGCUUCUCAGAGCGAAUCGGCGACGAGUCUUCAGCUCCGCGCAGGUCUCCCGAGCUUCCAGAGGAGCGCCGCGUCCGGGUGGUCAUCCAGAAAGAUCUCACAUGUCUCAGUGCCGCAGGCUCACAAGCUGACCCUCUGCCGCCCUCGUUGGUGGCGGUGGGCACCGCGGAUGGCUAUGUGGAGCUCUUGGAUGCCGGCACCGGGCGCACCCACUCCCGUAUCUCCGUGGCGCGGCAGCUGCCCAAAGCCCAUGCCACAGGGCUGCUGUUGGCGGCCUCCUCCGACCAAGCCGUGCGGCUCCUGGACCUGCAGAGGCAGCGCCUGCUUCACACCCUACGGGGCCACCGGGGGCUGAUUUCUGCCUGCGGCUGGCUGCAGGGGUCCAAAGCCUUCACGGCAGGGGCCGACAGGACUGUGAAGAUUUGGGACAUGGAGAAAGGGCAGAUCGUGAGGUCCAUGCCUUGCGCCGGGCCUGUGACCACUGCUCGGUCACGGAAGGGCGUGGUGGUGGCCGGAUACGCUGACGGAAGACUAUCUGUCUUUGAUCCUCGGCUACCGGAGGCCCCAGCAGAGCCAGUGCGACUCCACCAGUCCGCGCAGGCAGUGGUGGGCGUGCAGUUGUCGCAAGAUGGCAACUGGAUUUUGAGCCAAGCUCAGGACGGCUCGCUCUGCUGUACUGCCAUGGGCUGUCCAGAGCCGACGCUGCGCUUGCAGGCAUCCGGCCCGUUGGACAGUGGCCCUUCGCCACCAGCCUUCUCGCCUGACGGAGCCUACAUCUUCGCCCGUGGUGCUGCCAGCGUCCAUUGCUGGACAUCUUCCGGGGAGCUGGUGCACAACCAUGACUACACGCCAACGGUGUGUGUUUGCUGGGACCUGAAUCAGCCGAUCUCCAUUCAUCGUAAUGGCAACCUCCUGAUGUGGGGUGCCAGCGCCCCGUCCAGCGCGCCGUCCAGCGUCCCGUCCAGCGCCCAAAGGGCCGAGGCUGUGGACGGCUUUUCCGACGCCUCCCAGUGAGUCCCCACAAGUUGGCAUAUCGCUGCGGGUGUCAAGCUGCUGCCGACCAGCUGCGGAA